AUUAUAAACUCGUUGUGGAUGAAAGGUUAGGGUUUCGUCGUCUGUUAUGCUCCCGCGCUCCAAAUCCCCUGCGGCAGAUCUCUUUUUCCCCGUACCACUAUGAUCAUCCCCCAGAAGAAUCGCCAUGAAAUCUGCAAGUACCUCUUCCAAGAGGGGGUGCUGUUCGCGAAGAAGGACUACAACCUCGCCAAGCACCCGGAGAUCGAGGUGCCGAACCUGCAGGUGAUAAAGCUGAUGCAGAGCUUCAAGUCGAGAGAGUACGUGAGGGAAACCUUCGCGUGGCAGCACUACUAUUGGUACCUAACCAACGAUGGGAUUGAGUACCUCCGCACCUACCUCAACCUCCCGUCCGAGAUCGUCCCCGCGACUCUGAAGAAGUCCUCCAGGCCGCCGCCCCGACCCUUUGGUUCUGGCCCUCCUGGUGAUCGCCCAAGGGGUCCACCUCGCUUUGAAGGUGACCGGCCGAGGUUUGGCGAUAGGGAUGGGUACCGUGGAGGCCCUCGAGGAGGCCCUCCAGGUGAUUUCGGUGGUGACAAGGGUGGCGCUCCUCCUGAGUUUCAGCCAUCAUUCAGGGGUACUGAAGGUAGGGCUGGCUUUGGCCGUGGUCGUGGUGGUUAUGGAGCAGGUGCAACAUCGUCAAUGGAGUAGAUCUAGUCUUUCUGGCUUACCAUGCUCUGCUUAUACUCACGCAGUAGUUCUACUUAGAUCGUUCUUUUUCCUGCUUUUGGACAAUUUUGUCAAGUUCAAGCUUAUAUCGAUUAACAUAUUGCUCACAUGAACUAUUCUUCCGAGACAUCAAUCGCAACGGUAUAAUAAAUUGUUCUUUAAAGUUA